GUCUUGUUUCUACGUUUAACUUCUGCUUAACACGUGGCACGCAGUGUCCAUUUUUGCUCACGUCAUAUCCGGAUUAUUCUACCCGCAGUAAUGGCAGCCUUUUCUGAAAUGGGCGUUAUGCCCGAAAUCGCCCAGGCUGUGGAGGAAAUGGACUGGCUGCUUCCUACUGACAUCCAAGCUGAGUCGAUCCCCUUGAUUCUUGGUGGAGGAGAUGUCCUCAUGGCUGCAGAAACUGGUAGCGGUAAGACAGGAGCCUUCAGUAUUCCUGUGAUCCAGAUUGUGCAUGAAACACUGACUGAUCAACUGGAGGGCAAAAAGAGUAGAUCCAGCAUCAAAACUGGUGGAACUGUCUUCAACAACUGGCAGAUGAAUCCUUAUGACCGCAGCGCUGCUUUUGCAAUCGGCCCAGAUGGAUUCUGUUGCCAGAGCAGAGAGUUCAAAGAAUGGCACGGCUGUCGCUCCACAAAGGGCGUUGUCGCUAAAGGAAAGUACUACUAUGAGGUGAGCUGUACUGACCAGGGGCUGUGUCGUGUGGGCUGGUCCACCAGCCAGGCAGCCCUCGACUUGGGAACUGAUAAAUACGGGUUUGGCUUUGGCGGAACUGGGAAGAAAUCGAAUAGUAAACAAUUUGACAGCUAUGGCGAGGAGUUCACCAUGCAUGACACUAUUGGAUGCUACAUAGACUUGGACAAGAGCCAAAUUUCUUACUCAAAGAACGGUAAUGAUCUCGGUCUAGCAUUCGAGAUCCCUCAGCAGCUGAAGAAUCAACCCUUUUUUGCUUCCUGUGUGCUCAAGAAUGCAGAGCUCAAGUUUAACUUUGGCGCUGAGGCAUUCAAGCAUCCGCCCAAUAGUGGUUUUGUAGCCUUGGAUAAGGCUCCAGAGGGCCAAACAGUCAAGUCUUCACAGACAGGCAGUGCCAAGGUCAGCCAGGUGAAGGUGUCCACCAACGCACCCAAGGCGCUCAUUAUUGAGCCAUCCAAAGAGCUGGCCGAGCAGACGCUCAACGUCGUCACGCAGUUCAAGAAAUACGUGGUCGACCCUAAGCUCAGGGAGCUGCUUGUGAUCGGCGGUAUGGCUGCCAAAGAUCAACUGGCGGCUCUGGAACUAGGCGUGGACAUUGUGGUGGGAACCCCCGGCCGACUGGACGACCUCAUAUCCACUGGGAAACUCAGCCUGUCCCAAGUCCGCUUUCUAGUCCUGGAUGAAUGCGAUGGCCUCCUGUCAGCGGGAUAUACAGACUUCAUCAACAGGAUCCAUAAUCAGAUCCCUCAGGUGACAUCAGAUGGCAAACGGCUGCAGGUGAUUGUGUGCUCGGCCACGCUGCAUUCCUUUGACGUUAAGAAGUUGUCCGAGCGCAUCAUGCACUUCCCCACUUGGGUGGACCUGAAGGGCGAGGACUCGGUGCCCGAGACAGUCCACCAUGUGGUGGUACCCGUAAACCCCAAGGCAGACCACCUCUGGGAGCGUCUGGGAAAGAAUCACGUCAGGACUGAUGAGGUCCACGCCAAAGAUAACACCAGGCCAGGCGCUAACUCUGCAGAAAUGUGGUCGGAGGCUAUUAAGGUGCUGAAGGGCGAGUAUACAGUAAGGGCCAUCAAAGAGCACAAAAUGGACCAGGCCAUUAUCUUCUGUCGCACCAAGAUUGACUGUGACAACAUGGAGCAGUACUUCAUCCAGCAAGGCGGAGGUCCAGACAGUAAAAACCACCAGUUGUCUUGCGUUUGCCUCCAUGGCGAUCGAAAGCCCAAUGAGAGAAAGUAUAACCUGGAGUGCUUCAAGAGGAAGGAAGUCAGACUCCUCAUCUGCACGGAUGUUGCCGCCAGAGGGAUCGACAUCCGCGGAGUUCCUUACGUGAUUAACGUCACCCUGCCCGAUGAGAAGCAGAACUACGUCCACCGUAUCGGCCGAGUGGGCCGAGCAGAGAGAAUGGGCUUGGCUAUCUCUUUGGUUGCUAUGGAAAAGGAGAAGGUGUGGUACCACGUCUGCGCCAACCGAGGCAGGGGCUGCUACAACACCCGACUGAAGCCGGACGGCGGCUGCACCAUCUGGUACAACGAGAAAGAGCUCUUGUCGGAAAUUGAAGAGCACCUCAAGUGCACCAUCACCCAAUGCGAGCCGGACAUCAAGGUCCCGCUGGACGACUUCGACGGGAAGGUCACAUACGGCCAACGCAAGGCACUAGGAGGUGGCAACUACAAAGGUCACGUGGAUGUGCUGGCCCCCACGGUGCAAGAGCUAGCCGGCUUGGAAAGGGAGGCCCAGUCAUCGUUCCUGCACCUGGGAUACAUGCCCAACCAGCUCUUCAAAGCCUUCUAAAUGCAACUGGCUGCUCUUAAGCUGUAGGUCAUGAAAGAUUUACAUUUUCAAAUCCAUCGCACUUAAGAGUGUCUUAGUGCUCUUAUGAAAACAUAUGUUCCUCAUGUGAAUGCUACAACAUAGCCUGUUUUUUUCUGAUGAAUUUGCCUGGUAAAGGUAUUUAUUUUUGAGUGAUUGGUUACAGAGUUUGUGCAUUUUGAUGGCUCUGUUUUCUCUUUUGAAAUAAACUAUGGCAGCCA